AAUUCAGUAGAUGAUCAUCAAUGCUAUCCAUAUGUUUAGCUACAUAUUUCCACAUAUUACAGUAUAAUUGAUAGCACAAACUAACAGUGACAGCAGAAAUAAAAGGUUCAAGAUUUCUGCAGCAGUGAUUCUUAACCAUUGGGUCUUAGUUUCAAAAAGUUAAGAACCACUGAUCUAGUCCUGAUAUUGACCAGACUUGUUCAGCAUUUCCCAUUGGUUGAGCAGGCUUAAAUGCAAAUGCGCGACAAAUAAACAGUUGCCAAUGGGUGCUGUAGAGACGAUCAUAAAAACUUCUAAGAAUUAUAAAAUGAAAUAGCAUAAACAUGAUUUUCAGAGAGGAAAACAAUGCAGAAAUUACUUCAGGUGAAGUUUUGGAUGCCCACGCGCAGAAAGUUAAACAUUAUCCGGAAGUGCCAAGAGUGCUGGAGACGUUGAAAAGGCAAGGGUACAUCUUAGGUAUCGCAUCCAGAACCGGAGAAAUUGAUGGAGCAAAUCAACUACUCCAAUUAUUCAACUGGGAUAAAUAUUUUACAUACAAACAAAUCUACCCAGGUUGCAAAGUGAACCAUUUCAAUAAGAUAAGAAAAGACUCGGGCAUCGAGUUCGACGAGAUCAUAUUCUUCGACGAUGAACAGAGGAACAUACAGGAUUUGACGAGGAAGGGCGUCAUGUCGGUGUUGGUAAAGUCCGGAGUAAAUGCGAAGGUCGUGGACGAUGCCAUCGCGAACUUCGGCAGCUGAAGACUUCGCAGAUUUAUUGCUCAGCACGAGUUUAGUAAUAAUAAUAUAAAAGCAUCAUUUAUUAUUCACACAAAAAAAAACAACACUAAUAUCUGCAUUCACAAAAUAAAUCUGUACAAUAAUUACAAUAAUAUAUUAUUUAUAUCAAAAAAUACAAUUCACACAGAAAAUCACAAGGUUUCUUCUCUUACUAGAAUAUAAUCAAUUGUCAAUAAGCUUUGUAACCUUAACAUUAUAUUCGUUUUAAAAAAAUAUAUGUAUAUCAGACUA